AUGGUGGAGGAAUUAAUUAACCUUAGACAAGGUAGCAUGAGUGUUCAGGAGUAUGACUUCAAAUUUACCCAACUAUCCAAGUAUGCUCCAUCUAUGGUAGCUGAUUCGAGAGAUAGGAUGAGUAGGUUCUUGACGGGGGUGUCCGACUUGGUAGCAAAAGAAUGUUGUACGCCAAUGCUCCAUGAUAAUAUGGAUAUCUCACGUCUUAUGGUGUAUGCUCAACGGAAGAAGGAGGAGAAAAUCAAGGGUAAAUCUAGGGAGAAGAAGGGGUCUAGGAUGGAGGAUGAUAGGCCUUUUCAUGAAGGGUCCGAUGGACAUGGUUACUCUAGGAAGUGUGGCAAGAGACAUGAAGGUAGGCGUUUGGCCGGUAGAGAGGGUUGCUUUAGUUGUGGUGAAAGUGGCCACAAGAUGAAAGAUUGUCCUAAGGCAAGGGCUAUAAGAACAGAGGGUAAGAAAGUUUCCACUAGUGGUUCAAAUGAGAUUGUUCAAAAGAAGAAUAGGUUAUAUGUCCUCUAA